AUGGCAAACAAGAUUGAAUUCAUUGAUUCAUUUGCGAAAUACUGGAAAGAGAAAGUUGGAGUCGAUGUACUGCUUAAAGCAGGGGACCAAACAGAUCCUAUCCCUGCUCACAAAAUCAUCUUGGCUGCAUCAUCGGAGGUGCUUAAGCAGAUGAUUGAUUCAACUUCAUCAGCAAGUGAUCCAAUCACUUUUUCAGAGAUGACUCACGAUGAGCUAUAUAUACCUUUACUGAGUUCAUGUACAAAGGUUACCUUUCGGAUUCAAAACUGUUGA